CAGUAUCCUGUGAGACGGUACCGAUACACCUCCAGCAGGGGAUGGUAGAACCUUCCGUUAUCGAGAAGAACAUUGCAAUUUGACAAACGAGAAGAGAAAGUUCACCAAAUGACGCGCCGUUGUUGGAUGAAUCGGUGAGCCCCGAUGUGCGCGGUGAUCGAACUACAUUGCUCUGCUGCAAUUGUUAAAAGUUACAUUCUCGGGGCACCCGGAAAGAAUGUCCUGGAAGGUAGGCAUCCUUCUGCCGGCAAGAAUUAGUAUUUUGUCAUUUGGGAAACUUACUUUUAUUCCGCCGACCUGGACUGGAGCAUGUUGCGGUGAAUGUUAAGAUUUGUUCAGUAUAAUUUAGAAUUCUUGUGAAUGGAACCCAAGCUUUAUACCACCAUCUAGUUAAUGAGCAGGAAGUUUCAAGUCUCUCAUCUUCCAUCAGAAGAAAAGCUGGUGUGAACUGACCGGAGGUGAAGUUGUUGAACGAAGUUACCGGGAUCCUCUUUCUGCUCCUGAUACAGUUAGACCUUUGCAGAGAACAAAUAAUUGCCUUGUGUACAGCCACGAUAUGGCUGAACAAAUUUGGCGAGAAUUGAUUUAAUGCGUUAAAUAUCGGCGUAUAAUACUAAAAACGUGUUUUUAAUAGUGUGAAUUUUAGCGACGAUCGAACCCACAUUCCGCAAUGAAUAAGGAUAAUGACAAUGGGUGGUAUGAAUGCAUCAGUUCUAAUGGAGAGCAUGGACUAUCCCCUGGAAAAAAUGUGGAGUUGCUGACGGGCGCUGCGUCACAUCCUGAGAUUGACGAAACCUGUGACAUUGACUCGAAUUAUGAAGAAAUAGACGCAGCUGAGCUCAGAUCAAAGAAAUCUCGCAGCUAUUCAGACACUUCAGAAUCGAUUGACCAAGACUAUGAAAUAAUUACCACUGAACCAGAGGAUAAGGGAGGCAGUAGCAAACAGUGUCCUAAAGGAUCUAGAAGAUUGUAUCAGGUUACAAAAACAGAAGCUGAGCCCUUCAUUUCUGGAAAAACUGUAAAGACAACCACAAAAAUUCAACUAGCAUUCAAUGAACAUGGAGCAUCAUGGGUUUAUCCAAUAGUACCACUGGAAUGCACUGUAACUAAUCCUCAGCUAGAAACUAAAUAUUCAGGCAUGAAGAAAUUUAUUUCUUAUCAAAUUACACCUAAUGACACAACUGUAUCGGUUUACCAUCGAUACAAGCAUUUUGAUUGGCUGUACGGUCGACUAUUAGAGAAGUUUGGUUCAGCAAUCCCAAUCCCUCUACUUCCAGAAAAAGACGUUCCAUGGCGGCUCAGUGAAGAGUUUAUUCAGGCUCGCAUGGGUGGACUGCAGAUCUGGAUCAACCGUAUAUCUCGUCACCCCGUGAUUUCCCGGAGUGAAAUUUUCCAACACUUUAUCAGAAAAGGGGAUGAAAAAGAAUGGAAAAUUGGUAAAAGAAUCGCAGAGAAAGAUGAAGCAGUUGGAGGAAUGAUAUUCUCUGAAAUCAUGCCGUCAUCAGAAUUUAAGCUGCUGGAUGGAGAAGAUGCAGAAAAAUAUUUGACCUUUGCCAAGAGUAUGGGAGAAAGUGUCAGAAACCUCAUAACAGUGACAGAAGACCACAUGGCUCGGUGUACUGGAACAUUGAAGUCUGAAUAUACCAAAAUAGGAAAAGCUUUCUUGAAUUUGGCUGCAUCAUUUGGCAAAAACACCUUUCAUGGGAAAAGCUCAAUUGAAAAUGCUUUAUCAUUUGUUGGAAAGGCAUACAAUGACAUUGGGAAUCUUCAUUUUGAACAGCCAAAAAAGGAUUUUCACAGCCUGAUCGAGAUCAAUAAAGAGUACAAAGGGAUGCUGACUUGUUUCCCUGAUAUUCUAAACGUCCUCAAGGGAGCUCUGGAAAAGGCUCAUGAAUAUGAAGAGCUUGCACACACCAACAAAGUCACAUUGAAAGAAAAAGAAGCUGUUGUUUUCAGAGCUGGAAUUGUGUCUUCAGCUAUUGAAGCUGAAAUCAAUCAUUUUAACCAUGAACUUACCAGUGACUACAAAAUAGCAGUUCAACAUUUUCUCUAUGAACAGGUUCAGAUGUAUAAUAAGAUAACAGAUAAACUGCGGGAAGCUUAUGCACGUUUUGAAUUCUAAUACUGGGCCAUUUAGACUCUGCAGAUGUUACAAUUCAUAUAACAUCCUUGAAUGUUGUAACUUGAAGUAUCAAUGUUCUUUACAACUUUCUUGUCAUUUUAGUUCUGGUUCCACUUGUAUGUUACUUUAAUGCUGCAUGUAAUGAUUGUACUAUUAACACUAGCAGCAAUUUACUGUUCAUUUAUCCUUAUUUUACCAGUGAAUUCUUGCAGCAUGAAAAUCAUGGAUGAAAUAAAUAAAUCUCUGUAUUCUUAGGUUCUUUGCUGUAAAUGCAAUGCAGCAACUAGGCCAUUCACAUAACAGAAGAAGUGAAAAUGUUAACACUUCAUUGCAUUUGUGAAAAUGACUGCAGAAAAUAAACAGGAGAAAUAGAGAUCUUAAAUGAUAUUUCCUCUGCCUCCAUAGAUGAUGCUUGACUCACUGAUACUCUUGUGGUUUGUUUUUUUCUCUGUUUCAGGACCAGCGGACUCCUGUGUCUCCCUUUUUUAAACAGAAAUGUACUUGGGUUUAGCUAUCUAUUUAAAUGUAUCUGUAACACAAUCUACUUACAAUAGGCUGACAAUUAGAAAUCUCAUCAUUGUUAAUGAAUACAGUUUUUGAAAUUUAUAUCUUAGCUGAACUUGAAAUUUGCUGAAGAAAUGUAGGCUAAGGAGCAUAGCAAAAUGUCAAAGCAUCAUGAUUUUGCUUUCUAAGUUACGUCUUCAGCAUUUAAUAUCUCUCUAUAAUGUAUUUCUCUCUCCACAGAAGUUGUUUGACUUACUGAGUUUCACUUGUAUUUUCUGGUUUUAUAUCAUAUUUCCAGUAACAGUGCUUCUUGAUUAUAUUUUUAUUGAAAUUGGUCCUGUUAUACACACAGAGACAGAAUCAAAAAUAUUUGUUUGAAAUAUUCAUCAGGUCAGGCACAGCCAGUGGGGAGAGAAAGUUUACAGACUGAAAACCUGCAUCAGAAUUGGAACAGGUUGAGGAAGAACAGAUCAUUCAUAAAAGAUCAAUGACUUGGAGAGUUACUCCUCCUUCCCUCUCUGUAGCUGGUACCUGACCUGCUGAGCUUUUCCAGCAUUUGCUGACUUCACAUGUUCCUGGCACUCAAAAUCAUAAAAGGUUUUUAUAUGCAAUUCAGUGAUUUCUAAAUAAGUGAGCUGACUGAAUUACAGAGUGACUUCAUUCAAAAAAUGCUUCAAUGCCUCGUUCAAUGUCACCAUACUCAAUUUCUUAACAAUUCAGGUAGAGGCCAAAGAGCGCAUUCACAAAAGGGACUUUCCAAUAGUGCCAGGGCCCAACCUCAGCUGAAACAAUGACAGACAGUUUCCUGUUUUUGAGUCACUUUGCAUACAAUGAUGUACAUGAAUGAUGUAGAGUCCACAAUUCCAGCUUUUGUAGGACAUCAAAUAUCACAUUUUCUUCUUUUUUUAGGAACUGAGUAUUGGGAAUCUCUUAAUGGAGGGGAAAAGACUGCUAAAAAAAUUCUUGUGGAUAUAACUAAAUGUUAAUUUUAAGGAAAAAGUGGAGAGUUUGAACUGUUUUUGUUACUACAUAAAAAUGAAUUGUCUUAUUGUUCAUACCUAACUGUAAAUAUUUUAUAGUAUAUUAAUAUAU